AUGCAUUCUUUAACCAUUACAGUCCUAAUUUGCUUGCUUAUUUUGUGUUUUGAUAGUGCACUUAUUCUUUGCAAUCACUCAUUUGAGUCAGUACCUAGAUUUCAAUUGGAAGAUUUACAACUUGAUCCAGAAAAUUUAUCUGAAAAUUUUAUUCGAACUCAAAGUGGGUGGAGUUAUGGAGGUGAAAAACUAAAAGAUGAACAAAUUAACGUUCUCCCCGGAUACAUGAAAGAAAUUACUGGGGCAGCAUCUUCUUGCCCCGCUUCUAGAUCGUGCAAUGUAAAUAGAAGUGACGUUGAUGGAUUGGCUGAGCGUGUAUUUAUUCUCCAAUCAGAAAUACCAGAACUUUCAGUGGACUUAUCUUGGCAUAAAGUGUGCGCAUUUGCUAUUUCAAUUAUUGAUACAAAAUCAUCUUUUAUGAAACAUUGCAAAAGUUCUGGGAUUUCAUUUUUACUCUCAAGACCAGUAACUAAAUUAUUAGAGCAGUCAAUUAUUAGAUUAUGCAGAAAUAUGCCACAACAUUCUACAUGCAAUGGAGUUGAUUGGACACUUGAUUCCUUAACUGAAGAAUUGUUGACAGCAGCAAUGCCUCACGUCUUACCAGCUGCAAAAAAAUCUCUUACUUUUACUCAUUUUUGUUUUGUUUCCUCAAGAAGUAUAAGGGCAAGAACCCGCGAAGAGUAUUUAGAAGUCUGCCAGGAUAGUAUUCUCCUGCUACUAAAUUUACAUGAGAUGUCAGGUUCUCAAGUUACUCCCUCUGUUGCUGAACAAAUUUGUAAAUCAACAUGGAUAUAUAAUACAGAAUGCAAUGGAUUUAGCAAUACAAAAUUGAUAACCGAAGCUGCAUUUGAAAUUUUUGUUCUGGUAAGAAAAGAAGGAAUUCCAAACGUGGAUAUGAAUAAUAUCUGUCAGUUUCUGACAAAAAUUUCUCCCACCCUACGUAUUCCUUCUAAUACAAAAACCCCCAUUUCAACUAGAAAAAGAUAUUUAUAUGAAUGUGCAAUGUACCUUACACCAAUGUUAGAAUAUGAAAAGUUUACUCAUAAUUCUGAGAACAGAUAUGGACUGAUGGAAAAGUUUUAUUCCCGUGGGGAAAUUGUUCAACACUUUCAUGAUAUUGCAACUUCUAUUUGCACUUCUGUAUCAUUUUAUCAAAAAAAGUAUAGAAGAAGGAUUUUUAUUCCUGGUUUUAAAAAAAAGAAAGUAAUUGAAAAAAAACAAGGUGAAUCAAUUUUGGAAUUAUUUAUGAAUUUGAUGCACUCAGUUAAAGCUACAUCUAGAAGAAUACUUGGUUGGACUAUUGAACUUCCCUUUCCUGGUAGUGAUGAAUCGCAAGCAAUGCUUAUGUUAGGUUAUUCAUUAAAUACCGUAGAUGUUAGGUCUAUCCAAAAUCCUCAAUAUAUUAGAAUGCUUGCUAUUUUGCAUUCGAAAAAAUACAUUUUACCAAAAACCGCAUACAACAUCUGGAAAGAUUCUGUAUUAUCAAUAGGAAUCGAAAUUUUGCCACCAUUUACUCCAAGCCUUACACCUGGAAUUAUCGCGAGGUCAGAAAAAGAUAUAAUUGAUUUGAAAUUAAAUUGUGGAACUAACAAUGAGGAUAUUGAUGCACUUGCGCUUGAAUUGUUGAGCGUUUCUCAUGAAAACAAUCUAACAGAUUUCAAAUUUUCUCAAUUUUGUAAACCAUCUGAAGCUCUAAUUGGAGUUAGAAAUGAAGACUUUUAUUCAUCAUGUAUUGAAGCAUUAAAGUACAUUCCGGAAAUUGAUGCCCAGACAGGAAGGACUACAGGAAAAUACUUAACAAUUCCAUUUUCCAAAAUUUCAAAAAUAUGUAAAGAUACUCCUAGAUGGGAAUCAACUUCAUCAGGGUUAUCUUAUGCAUCUUUGAUAAUUCAAGAUAAUUUGAAGAAGAAAGAUGAACUGAAUAAAGCGCUGAAACCAUAUUCAAAACCAAACAUGAUAACAGAUAGAGAUAUAUAUUCAUAUGUAAUAAAAACAGCAGCUAGAUCUGCGCUUGAACGUUCUGCGGCGUCUGAUCAAAUUUGUAAACAGUUUAAACCAAUAUAUUCAGAAGAAGAUGUUAAUUAUCAGUAUGAUAGCCAAUUAGAUUUAGAUAAUGUCCAGCAUGUCGCAAAUGUUUUGUUUAAGAAGGCAGUUUCACUUUUAGAUGAAGAUAAACAGCUAGCAUUUUCAUUAUCUGGAAACGCAGUUAAAGGAUCAAACCCAAUUACAUUUGAAUCAUUUUGCUCGCUUGUGCUUGCUCUAUCAAAAGUUGAGAAAAAAUACUUUAAUUCUGAAUGUGCCAGGAAUCUGAGAUUAAUGUUCAGACAAAAAGUAGUUAUAAAUGGGCAUGUAAAGCUUGCAACAAUUAAAACAAGGACCAUCACUAAAAUAUGUAUGUCUUCACCGCAGUUCGAAAAGUGUGGGAAAUAUCAGAACAAUGAAAUAGAUGAGAUAUCGUAUGAGCUAUUAUUGGGUGCCCAAAAACUUAGAUUUACAUCGAUAACUUAUCGCCAUCUAUGUAGUGUCGUAAAAAAUAUAAGAAGAGGAGAAAUUAAAGGCUUAAUUCCCAAAGGACAACAAAAUAAUGCAAAUAUUAGUAGCUUUUUUAAUAGUGAUUGUAUUUAUGGAUUAAGGACGCUUUCUAUUGGUGCUAGGCAUGCAGAAAUAAUAUGUAGUGCAACUAGGUUUUGGGUAAUGUGUGGAAAUUAUUUGGACUCUGAAGUGGAUGCGUUAGCAUCUCAAUUAUACUCAGAGGUUGUUCAAAAUACUGGCCUUGCAAGGUUCAUAACGGUAUCUUUAUUUGAGUUGGUAGACUUUUGUCCGAUAGCUGAAGCACUUAUUCAUGAAAUAGAUAUGAGAUUUUUCAAUCGUGAAUGCGUAAAUGCUCUUGCAGCAAUGUCUAUAAGUAAGGAGUAUGGAAAGUCGAUUUGUCAAAGUUCGAGACAUUGGCAAGGCACAUGUAUUGGAACAAUUGAUGAACACUCGUCAAUAAUUGAGCAAAUAGAUCCAAUAGCAGGUGCACUGUAUAAAUCUUCACAAGACUCUGGAUAUCUAGAUCUUUUGUUUGUUGAUUUUUGUGAUCCAGCAAAAGAAAUCUUUUCUAUUAAAGAGGUUACAGAAACAGGGAGAGUUUUAGAAGGUCAUGAAACUUCAAUAUUUCAAAUUGACUGUCCAAAAAUAGUCAGUAAUAUGUUACAUUCACUUUCAGAAGAGAAUUUAAUCGGGGUAAUGCAAUUUAAAAUCAACAGUAGGUCUAUCAGAUCGAUUUCCUCCGAAAAUUUUGAGAAGGCUGAAAAGAUUUGUCAGAAAUUCUUCAAUUAUUAUGAUCCUAACUAUGGUGCAUCUCAAGUAGAAGAAUAUGAAGAAACGGAUUUCAGAAGAAAUUUGAUAGAAAAGACCAAGAUGAGAAGUUCUGCAGAAAAUGAUGGCUCUGAAGGUGUUUUCUUACAGGGGAAGUCAUAUAACCAGAGAAUGGCAGGAAAUAGUUACUACAGUAAUCAUUAUAGAUAUAACUGGGCUAAUUUAUUGGGUCAGAAAUUCUUUGUUCCAGACAACAAAAUUGCCAAUGAAUUUCGUGGUGGUAAUUUCGACGGUGUUAGUCGUACAAAAGAAUAUAAGAAUUUGCAAUACCUACCCUAUGGUAUGAGUCCUAAAGCAGAUGGAUACUAUACUGAAUAUCAGGCAAAAAAUGAAGAUUAA